AUGGGCCCCUGUACCGCCUCCUCAUGCUGCUGCCAGGCCCGUAAUCUGCCAUGGGCCCCCGUACCAACUCCUCAUGCUGCUGCCAGGCCCGUAAUCUGUCAUGGGCCCCUGUACCGCCUCCUCAUGCUGCUGCCAGGUCCAGAGUGUGUCAUGGGUCCCUGUACGGCCUCCCAUUGCUGCUGUCUCCAUCGCCACACUCUGCCAUGUGCCACUUUCAGGUCUCCUCACACUGCUGGUGGGUCCAUUUUUUCAUAGGGUGCUGUAUGGCCUCCCAUUGCUGCUGCCUCCACCGCCACACUGUGGCUCCACACUCUGGUUUUGGCCCCGUGACUGCCCAAAUGAGUGAAGUGUGCGGUGAUUCUAAGAUCGACGGCACUCAUCUGCAUGUCAUACUGACUGACAGUAUUAUUUCUCUUCCCCAGCAGACUCCAAGGGCAUUUAAAUUAAAGGUACAGUGUUCUGCACUAAUAUAA